AUGUCACAUGCUUUGCAAGCCUUCUAUUUUGUCUUUGCUUUAGGUAGCACAGCGAUAGACGCCUUUACACCUUCGCCGUGUGUUUCGGCAACAACAACGAGAAGAACUUCAACCAAAAGACACAUCCAGAAUGAAUUUGCCUCCUCGACCUCAUUGCUUUCUUCCGCGAGUGAGCUCUUAUAUCAAGACCAACAAGAAGCCAUGCUUCGUCGAGCUCUUCAUGAAGAGGAACUUUUAUCUCAGAAAAGUAUGCCCAAGGAACUGCAAGCCGCCACGAUCAAAGCAAAACCCCCCAAGUCGGGAACUGGAUUUGCCGACAAGGGAGCCAUGGACCCUUCCACGAGACAGGCUGCCGAGCAAGCAAAGAUUAUGAAACGAGAUGGAGUGUUGCGAAUAAAUAAUGUCUUGUCGCCAGAUGUCUGUGACAAACUCAGACAGUACAUGCUGGAUCAGCAAACACUUGUCGAAAGCGAAACCGCAAGCAACCCACAAGCAUCAAAGAUAUACUAUGGUGUUGAACAAACACGAAAGAACCGAGCUGAUAUGCACUUGACUCUGACGAAGGGAGGAGUAAAGCUGACAGAUGGUAACAGUGAUGACGAAAGUACGGCGGACGAUGAAAAUGUAUUGGCGGAAGCUUUGCAAGAACUCUUGUCGUCGGAUGGAACGUUGAGGCCAAUCUACGAAGCCUUGGUGUCUAAGGAAGGAGAAUUCUAUGAAUUGGCCGGCAUCAUUACAAAACCGGGCAGCUAUCGACAAAUGGUUCAUCCCGAUUUGCCAUUCCAAGACAAUGCUCCGCUGUACGUGAUUUUCUUGGCACUUCAAGACGUCACUGAAGAAAUGGGCCCAACUUCCUUUUUGCUCAAAUCACAUGUCAAAAAAGCAAUCGAAAUAUUUGACGGCGGUGAUAUGGACGCCAAGGACGAUCAACUUCGUAAGGCAGACUGUCGUUUCGCGACUCUGAGCAAGGGUGCCGCCGUCUUGUUUGACGCUCGCGUACUUCAUUGUGGCGGUGCCAAUGAUAUUGAUAAGGGAGCAACCCGAGUCAUGCUUAACUUUUCAUUCCGCAAUCCAAAGGUGCAAGGUGAUAUUGGAUACAAGGGAUCCAUGAUGCCGGGCUAUGUUGGUGCCAUGACGUUGGGAAAUGUCAGCGACGCAUUGGAUCGAUAUAACGAAGGAGAGAUAGAUCCAUUUGCUAGCUAUGGUGAUGGUACGAUAUAA